AUGUGCGGGAGAACGGCUUGCACUCUUGCGCCGGAUGAGAUCAGUCGCGCCUCUCGGUAUCGAGACCGAACAGGACAGCGACACCGGCCCCGGUGGAAAGAUGGAGACACCGACAAAUACCGGCCCUCAUACAACAAGAGUCCUCAGUCCUUCAGUCCUGUGCUGCUGUCCAACAGACACUUCAACAAGGAUGCUCCUGUAGAUGAGUGUGUGCUGGCAGCGAUGCGCUGGGGUCUUGUCCCGGCAUGGUUCAAAGAGAAUGACCCCAAUAAGAUGCAGUACAACACCUCUAACUGUCGCAGUGAGAGCCUGCUAGGAAAGAAGUCUUAUAAGGAUCCUCUUUUGAAAGGCCAGCGUUGUGUCAUUCUAGCUGACGGCUUCUAUGAAUGGAGACGACUGGAGAAAGAGAAACAGCCUUUCUUCAUAUAUUUCCCUCAAAGCCAAGGAGGACAAGUGCCCAGUCCACAAAGUGCACAGGAACCGAAAUGUGACCCAAGUUUGGACCAGGGCGAGGUUAGCCCAAGUUUGACAGUCAUAAGAAGAUCAUUUGUUCGCUUAUGCCAGUCUAACACAUCUGUUUAUUCCUCCACUUGUCUACAGAGUGAUCAAGAUGACAGUGACUGGACCGGGUGGAGACUGCUGACAAUAGCAGGGCUCUUUGACUCCUGGACUCCUCCUGGUGGUGGAGAGGUGCUGUACACUUACACUGUUAUUACUGUAGACGCCUCUCCAAAUCUCCAAAGCAUCCAUGACAGGAUGCCGGCUUUGCUGGAUGGAGAGGAUGAAGUAAGACGGUGGUUGGACUUUGGAGAAGUGAAAUCACUGGAAGCCAUGAAAUUACUUCAGCCAAAGUCCUCUCUGACCUUUCACCCCGUCUCCUCACUGGUCAACAAUUCCCGCAACAACUCCCAAGAGUGUCUGCAGCCUGUAGACCCCACGAUUAAGAAGACCGUUCAACCAACAGCCAGCAGCAAAAUGAUGAUGAGCUGGCUGAAAACUGCCUCGCCAACUAAGAGGAAGAAUCCUGAUGAAGAGACUACAGCUAAAGGACCUGAAGGAAAACUUGCAGCAGAGAAGCAGACCAAGCCGACCGGGUCUCUCCAACAAUGGCUUCUGGGAACGGGUUCCAGCAAGAAACCCAAAAUUUGAAAAAAAGAAUUACAAUGUAUUGACAUACUGUAGAAGUCCCAUCUCUUCAGAAUGACCAAAGCGGACUAGUUUAAAGAUUGAAAAUGCCUGUUAAGACAGAUACGUAUUCAUUGUGUAGAUGUGUUCCUUUUUUCAUGACAGAAAUAAACAUUUACAUUUAAUAGCUGAUUUGUGGACACAUUUCAUUUGUUCAUUUCAAACAGUUCCAGUUGAUACCACUUCUCCAAAACAAACACUCAGUGCACAACACAUUUAUUCAACAACUUAAUUUUAUUUCCAUUAUUACUUUGAAAUACAUUUAUCUUGAACAAUGUAUAUGCUGUGCAUUUUGUUUCAUUGAUGGUCAUGAACAAUUCAGUUUUCCCCAAAUGUUGUCUAGUUGUGUUUAUUUGUAUAUAAUGCAACAAAGAUAAUAAUAAUUACAAUAAUAAUGAACAGACAGGAAAAGAUCUGAGUGAUACUGAGCACUUAAACUCUCUACCAUCCUGAGCUACUGGUAGAGUUCAGGCAAGAUAUGAAAUGAAAAAAACAACAACAAAAAAUGUUCAUGGCAGACUCGCGGUGAUUCUUUCAUGCUGACAUGAGGAUUGA